AUGCCGAAGGAUGAGGAUUCACAGAGGGAGCGAAAACCUCAAGUAUAUUACUUCGUUUUGAAUCCAGACAGAAAACUCGAAGAUUGUCUGCAAGUCCUGAGCCAAAUGCAGAGAGAUGGCUUGGGUGCUCGGUGGUUCUCUGUCGGGACGAUCUCGGAGCCGAAAAUCUGCAAUGACUAUCAAUACAGUGCGGCAGAAGAGUAUGAGGGAUUCAUACAGUUGAAUAAGUGUUUCAAAGACACUCACCCCUUCAUCCAGCAAAUAGCUUUGUAUUUGUGCAACUAUAUUGUAGCCUUCAACGAGGAUCCAGAACUUUUCAAUAUCCCCGACGGGUGCGAACUCGCGAUCCUCCGACUCAUCUUCUUUCAAGGUAUGAAGAUUGAACCUCUCGCACACCUGGUGCCCGAUUCUCUCAUGCCAAGAGUGCGGCGAUCUCCGAUCGAGGAUUCGAUGAAAUACCGAGAUUUGAAGAACUUCGCCCAAGAAAGACUCGACAAGUUAGCUUUGACUUGCCCGGUGUACGAUUGGGAGGAAACCGACGACAUCGUGAAAAUUAACGCGGUCUAUCCCCAAUGCGAAUGGAGGCUCGAAUCGCCUGCCACCGAUCUCGCAAUAAGACAAGAUUGGAUGCACUGGUAUUCUUGCGAUCCAUCGACCAAAAAUUACGUCGAGAUCUUUUUCGAGAGGUUGCAGCCGGGAGUCGCCGUGGUUUGGGUGAAGCUGCAGGUAGACGGACGGCUUCUACUUCUCAGGGAGAAGGUUUAUAACGACAACAGCGACGGACAUUCGUAUCAUGCCGGCGGGAUCCGCCUUGAGUGCACCGCGCCUAUGAGGCUCUGGAGGCUAGCCAUCAAUACGAUGAUGGAAGACGUCUCCAGUGGAGCGGAGGAGCGGAAAGUCCAUGUUCGUUUCGGCAGCAGAAUGUCUGCUCUUGGUCACACAUUGGAGCUGCCGAAGGAGAACUCUGCAUCCUUCUUGGCAAGGAAAUUCUCCGCCGAGGGAAACAUAGGACUCAUCCAGACUGAAAUUUCCAAGUGCUGCGCGAGAUCCCAGGCUAUACUUCAGCCUUUCACGCUCUUCGCGGAGGUCAUCGUCGGUGGAGAUCGACAGGAACUCGUACUCUUCGGCUCGCGAGUGAAGUUUUUCGGUGACUCGAGAUUCCUACAGAAUGUGCGACACAACGUUCUUUACGCAGACAAUGGAACAGUUGUUGCCGCCAUGGAAUUGACUGGGAGCAAGAAGCUAUACGGGUACUGCUUCGACCCGAGCUUCUAUACUCAACCGAUUCGGAAAGGUCGCGUCUUUUUCAACGAGCAAUCCGUCAUCUGUCGAGGCUCCGUGAAAUCCCUUUGCAUGAAUUUCGGAGAGAAGAAGCAGAAUUUCAAUCUGGAGCUGAAUACUGCGAUGCCGAUUAGCACUAUCAACCGGAGUAAGGUCGACGCCUGGCUCGUGGAAGAGGUUCACGGACAGCUCGUAAAGAACAGAGAGACGUUCGGAGUACAAGGCACUUCGUUCAUCCUCCGAGGGGAUUACAAACUGCCGGAGUCGAAACUAUUCCUGUGUGCACUGUCUCGGUACCCCGCGGACGAUUCCUGUAAGAUCGUCAGUACCCUGCAGCCAGAGAGCAAGAACGCGAAGCUCACGGGCGGCAAAGGAUCAUCGUUGGCCGUUCUCACGAGCUUGGCUGCUCAUCAUGAAACGCUUGCAGGAACGAUGCUCGACACUUUCGGACACGACUGGCAAUCGAUGAGUUUUGCUGUACGGUCUUCGGCGGUGUGCGAAGACUCGGAGGAGAUGUCCGCUGCUGGACAAAUGUCAACCUUCCUAGGAAUCAGAGGGAUAGAUCAACUCUCAGCAGCGGUCGUCAAGUGUUGGGCGUCUCAAUUCGCUCUUACGGCCGUGAACUACAAGAGACAAUAUGGUCAAGAGCUGGACAGUCCUAUGGCCGUUGUGGUACAGGAGAUGGUCAGCGCCGAAUGCGCGGGCGUCAUGUUCACCUGCGAUCCGGUCACCUCUGACCCGUCACGCACCUUGAUAACCGCGAAUUACGGCCUUGGCGAAUCCGUCGUCUCCGCUGCGGCAGAUCCUGACACGUUCUUGCUGAAAGGAAGGGGCAAGGGCGACAUGGAGCUCCUGGAGAGAAGGCUCGGACGAAAAGAACGAAUGAUCGUAGAAUCCGGGACCACGGACGGCACCGAAGAAAGAGAGGUUGGAGCAGAGUCUGCUAGUACUUUCUGUCUAUCGGAUCUGGACGUUGUCCGGCUCGCGAAAAUCGGAGCACAGCUGAGUGAUAUCGCCGAUUCCCCUCGAGACUUCGAAUGGGCGAUCAAGGAUCAGAAAAUCUUUUUCCUGCAAUCCCGGCCAGUCACUUCAUUCCUCCGGGAAACCGAUUACGAAAUUCGUCACGAUCUCAACAGCGCGUUUUUCACGAAUCGGGAGAUAUUCACGAGAGCAAACGUGGACGAGGUCAUGCCUGGAGCCCUCACGCCUCUCAGCGUGUCAGUGAUCUGCCACCAGAUAUUCGGAACUUACUGCAGAACGGAGCUCAUGAAGUCGAAGAUGUUCGAAGCCGACAGAAGCCAAUAUCCAACUUUCCAAACAUUAUGCGUCGGGAAGAAGCAAUACACAGACAUUUCUAAGAGCGUGUUCUCAAGCAAGAAGUCAUUCCUCGAAGGUGCGUCGUUGAUAAUGUUCGGCUACGAUAUAUCUGAGGAUGAGGCUUUCGAGCGCGGGAUCAUGCAUGAUUCAACGACGUCGACCAGCAUGAAAUCAUUGAGAUACAUGUUUGACGCAUUUCGAAAGGUGAAGAAAAUCGUGGCUUCCGCACAAAAAUACGUCGAUGAAAUGCAGAUCGAUCUGCCGGCUGACGCCGAUUCCCUGGCGAUGUUCUGCCACGUCAUCAAACAACUACCCAAACUGCAAGAAUGUUUCGUCGCGUUGGUUUUCUGCAGCCUACCCUCCGCUUUCUACAGCAUCGUGAUUCUCAACUUGCUGAAGAAGAGUCAAGGUGAAAAGAAGAACACUCCGGAAAUCAUGGUUCUCCUCUCGAACCUCCUGAAGUCCGAGCACGAAAUCGAGAGCGCGCUGAUUCCGCGAGAGAUAACGGAACUUGCGAACGCCAUCUGUGAAGAUCCGGAAAUGGAAGAUUUCUCCAAGCUGGACUCCGCUUCCGCUCUGAUCCGAUUGGAAUCGAAUGGAGGUCGAGCCGGGGAACUAUUCAGAGCCUUCCGAGAGAAACACGCGCAUCGUUGCUACAAAGAAUUCGAUCUUCACUCUAAAACCUGGGACAUCGACCCGCUUCCUCUUAUCCACACCGUGAAACUGCAGGUGGAGCUCGGGAGACAAGAGAUCGAGGCCGGGAAACUCCUGUCCCUGGAGGAGCUACCGAAACAACCGGGUUUUCUGAUGAAGAAGCUUCUGCGUUUCUUUGUCACGAGAGCUCACUACCAGGUUUACGCAAGGGAAGCUGCGAAAUCAGCGAUGAUCAAAGGCUUCCAUAAGUUCCGGCUUGCGCUGCGAGGAGUAGGGCGGCAGCUCCAUUCGGAAGGGCGAGUCAUGGAUCCCGAAUUGAUAUUUUUCCUCACAUGCGACGAGAUCUUCCGCUUGAUCUCAGACAGAGAUCCAAAUCUUAUGGCGAGAGCUAUUCGGAGACAGAAGAUGCACCCUCAACUCGACAAGGAGCGGUUUCCAGUCUUGUUCUAUGGGAUGCCCAAACCGCUCGACUCGGCUCCUGCCAAAAUAAAUCCAGACCAUCAGAGCAUGAAAGGUACCCCGGUCAGUCAAGGAGUCGUGACUGGACCGGCGAGGGUGGUACAAGACUUCUUGACAGAGGCGCACCUGAUCCAGAGAGGCGAUAUCCUCGUCACACGUGCCACCGACACAGGCUGGACUCCAUAUUUCCCAUUACUCGGAGGAGUGGUGACUGAAGUGGGCGGAGUUGUCUCCCAUGGAGCCGUCGUUGCGAGAGAGUACGGCUUGCCCGCUGUGGUGGGCGUUUUCGGAGCCACAGAUGCUAUCGAAUCCGGAGACGUGGUUGUACUCGAUGGAGACAACGGGAUCCUGAUGAUAACGAAGAAGAAUUGA